AUGGCAACAGAACAUAUCCUUCACAUGAAAGGUGGAGUCGGAGAAACAAGUUAUGUUAAUAACUCAUCACUUCAGAAAAAAGUGAUUAUGCAAGUAAGAACCAUACUUGAAGAAAAUAUGACAUUUAUUAUGUCAAACAAAAGUGUAAAAGGUAGUUGGAAAAUAGCUGAUUUAGGAUGUUCUUCAGGACUAAACACACUUUUGUCCGUCUCAAAUAUCAUGAACAUCAUCCAUAAAAUUAACAUGAAACUAAGUAAUGGGAAACCUGUAUUUCAAAUAUAUCUCAAUGAUGUAUUUGAAAAUGAUUUCAAUACAAUCUUCAAAGCACUCCCUGAUUUCUACCAACAAGAAAGAGAAAAGAAUGUUGGAGAAUGCUUCAUAAGUGCAACACCAGGAAAUUUUUAUGGAAGGCUAUUUCCAAAUAAUUACAUUGAUUUUUUUCAUUCAUCCUACAGCCUUCAUUGGCUAUCUCAGACACCAAAAAAAUUGAUCAAGAAUGGAGAACCACUCAACAAGGGAAAUAUUUACAUAUCCAAAACAAGUCCUCCAUCCGUCUAUGAAGCAUAUUUUAAGCAAUUUGAGAAAGAUUUUAACUAUUUUCUAAAGUCACGCUUUGAGGAAUUAGCAUUCGAUGGUAUGAUGGCACUAACAUUCAUUGGCAGAGAAUCACAUGACAAAAUUAUUUCUCCUCAAGGGGUACUUGGCUUGGUACUCAAUGAGAUGGUCCAAGAGGGAUUGGUUGAAGAGAAUAAAUUAGACAUGUUUAACUUUCCUACAUACCAUCCGACCGAAGAGGAAGUAAGACAAGUAAUUGAGGCAGAAGGAUCUUUUACUCUUCAAAUAAUAAAGACUUUUAAAAUGGGUUGGGAUGCAAACCUUGAGAAAGAUAAUGUUAAUUAUGUUGUUGAUAGAAAAAUGAGAGGGGAGUUCAUAUCCAAGUGUCAUCGAGCUGUUUUUGAACCUCUUCUAAUAACUGGAUUUGGUGAAAAUAUCAUGGAUGCACUAUUCUCAAGAUUUGCAAAGUUGCUUACACAACUCAUUGAAUUAGAGACAUUGGAGUUUACUAAUAUUGUAUUGUUCUUGACCAAAGAUUCUUGAAGAUAGAAGUUGGUAAAAUCAUGGUUUCAUAUUUGUUUUCCUUUUUUAUGUUUGUUUUCUUUAUGUAGU